AAGAACCGCCCAAACGUGCGUUCAGCAAGUGGCUCCCUUUCGCGGUACACACAGCAGACGACAUGUGCGGCCGCGGAUGGUGGUGCCAUCUGCCAUACUCCCGGGAUAUCUUCGGAAGCUGCUGGCACUCGCGCGCUUCAAGAAACGUCCCGCGCUAAAAUCAUCUUUCCGAUCACAAAAACCAUUAAGGAACUUCAAUAUUGUUUCUGUGUUUGGGCUGGCAUAAGCAACCGUGUAAAGCAUGCUGGAAUACAAAAUGUUGCCAUCUGUUUGGUCUCUCGCCCUGCUGUUUGUUGUUGUUGCUGUAGUUGCUCCUACUUACGCCUCUUUUUGGGAGAGGCCCGGAUGUCACAAAGUCGGUCAUACCCGACGCAUUAGCAUUCCUGACUGCGUAGAGUUCGACAUCACGACCAACGCCUGCCGAGGCUUUUGCACUUCCUACUCCAUUCCUUCGCCCGAAUACACACUCAGGAUGAAUCGAAACCAGGCUGUGACGUCCUUUGGUCAGUGCUGCAACAUCAUGGACACCGAAGACGUGAAAGUCCAGGUGCGGUGUUUGGACGGCCAUAAAGACCUGGUGUUCAAGUCAGCAAAGACGUGCUCCUGUUUUCACUGCAAGAAGAAUUAACAUCCUAUUAAUUCUUCGUAAACAGGGCUUGUGUAUAUCCUCGUGUUAUUUUGUUUUGUUUUGAACAUGCUUCGUGAUAUCACCUCAGACUGAAAAAUGCAUUUCACCGUUUGAAUUAGCGUUUGAAUAUUUGAUCAUUUGACUUUCCCCAUAGCUUGGUUCCCGACCUACAGUUAAAGCAGUGUUUUUAGGGCAGCUCGGAGCGUGAAUGGAAAUUUCAUGGCCUGCGAGAACGUUUGGCACAUUCCUUCUUCCUCUCAAGCGAAAUUGGAAACUUCAGCACACAAUUUUACGAGCCCACAAUUCAGCAUAGCACUUAAACUCACGUCACCUAUCUCGCAUUCCAGCAGUCUUAAAAUAAUAUUGCCUCUUGCGGCACCAGGACCGCACCACAUAAAUUAAUGUAUUUUUGUCGUAUAAUGUCAUUUGUGUUGUUCCUUCCAGAGCGUCACGGAGGAUGUGUAAUUUGUGUGAUUUUCUUACGGUGUCAUUACGUGUAAUUUGAUCUGUUUCAAUAAACUUAUUACUUCUA